UCCACGCGUGGGGCCUUGUCUGCGCCGCGGCGGGGCCGGAGUCCUGAGGCCGGGGAGGAAAGGCGCCGAGUCCCGAGCGCCGCCCGCCUCCCGCCGCCAUUUUGUACCGGGAGAGGGCGGUGGCGGCGGGAGGAGAGCUCCCCUGGGGCCGGGCUUGGGCCCCGGGCGGGGCGGGGCGGUGGCUGUUACCGUCUGGGAGGACAGAGGUGGGGUCCCGAGGUUGGCGGCCGCGUGAUGCUCGGGCUCCCCGCCGCGCCGCUUCGAGACUUCGGCUGGCCGGUCCCUCGGCCGCGGUGUCCUGCAGUGCCACGCUGGAUGCAGCCCGCGACAGUAUGGGGAAAACUAAGGCUCGGAGUGGGGAUGAGAUUCGCCUAGAGACCCUCAGUGAGGUGGUGGCAGUAGGACUCAGGUCUUAUUCCGCCAAUGCAGCGCCCUUUUCUCCGGGCCCCUCUGCCUCACCUGCCAAAGGAAGGAGCUGAGGUUAGAGCUGACUAAGAAGUAUACGGAAAUCAAGUCAUGGAUCCACCUGCACGUAAAGAAAAGCCCAAAGUUAAAGAGCCUGUCAGCAGAAUCGAGAAGGCCAAGCAGAAAUCAGCCCAGCAGGAGCUGAAGCAGAGACAGAGAGCAGAGAUCUAUGCCCUCAACAGAGUCAUGACAGAGCUGGAGCAGCAGCAGUUUGAUGAAUUCUGUAAACAGAUGCAGCCUCCCGGAGAGUGAACCACCCCUGCGUUCACACUAGCUGGGACCCUGGAAGCUUUGUUUAUGAACGUGUUACCAGUUUGAAGCUGAGAUGGCCCAUUUGGCGCCUUACACAGCUAGACAAGAAGAGAUUUGUAUUAUUCCUGAAACUGGGUAAAUCAGAACUUCCUGUAUGUAACUUGCUUCACUAGUUCCUCCAAUCUGAAUUGGCCCAUUACUUGCUGAAGAGACUUCUUCUAUUCUUCCAAGACAAUACUUUUUUUUUUUAAACUUUUUCUAUUGUUUGAAAAAAAUAGUGUUUCUUCUGAAACUGUAAACCUUCUCCAAAAAUACAAAUAAAAUACUAAUAAAAUGUU